AUGCUGAGCGGGGACCUGGUGGCCGUGUGGGACGUGGCGCUGAGCGACGGCGUCUUCAGGAUCGGCUUCGCUCACGGCACCACCACCGGGAGACGGGUGGUCUACGUCAACGGGCAGGAAGUCAUCAGAAGAGACUGGAUGUUCAAACUGGUCGGAAAGGAAACCUUCACAGUGGGAGGGGCCAACACCAGAGCCACCAUCAGCAUGGAGGCGCUGAGCGGCUUCGUCUACGAGUACACGCUGGAGGUGGAGGGCAAGAGUCUGCAGAGGUUCAUGGACAACAGGACGAAGAGGACGGAGACGUGGCUGCUGCGAGUGGACGGAGAGGACCGCAGGGUGGUGCUGGAGAAAGACACAAUGGACGUUUGGUGCAAUGGACAGAAGAUGGAGACGACGGGGGAGUUUGUGGACGAAGGCACUGAGACUCGUUUCCUUCUGGGGGAACACGAGUGUUGCAUCAAGGCCACAGGCAACAGGAAGAAGAGCGGCAUCGUUCAUCACUUCCUGUUGGAUGGAGAGAAACUACCUGCUCCUGCAGAGCAACACUAACACAGAGUGAAAUGCUGACUCAUCAUUUACUUUUCUAUUUGAUCAUAAACGUAGAAUUUGAUUUUAACCACUUUGAUGUGAAGAUCCGACUCUGUAGACUGUCAAGAGCUUGUAGCUUUAUUCUGAAGGGGCCCUACCUUUAAUUUGUUAAUUAGUUUUUGUGCUGCCUCAACACAUCGAAUAUCUUUAUGAAUAUUAUGAUGUGACAUAAACGGCAGUCGCUGAGAAGAAGACUGGAGUUUACAGGUUUUCACCAUCUUCAUGUUGCUCCUGUUGAUUUUCUUGUACAACGACAAAAACCUUUGUUCCAGAUUCUCCGGUUGUUGU